AUGGCAGGUCUUUCUUCUCUCGGCCCAUCCGUGGGCUCACAGAUAUCCCCCCUCGCGCGGUUCAAGCCAGCAGUGAACGACGACUCCUCUCCAUCCAAAGCACCCAAAGAACCAUUAACUGGACCCACGGAUUCCAGUAAAGCUUCACUCUUGGCCGACAGUGCUGAGCUGAUUGUUCGCCGUCUGGGUUAUAUCAACAAUCCGAAGCAAUUUCGCGAAGCGCACGAAAUCUACGAAAAUUUCCGCACCCAAUAUCACCCACACUACACAGGAGAUUUCGCUCAUUUUGCGGGGCUUUGCUCGAAAUUACGAGCCACCAGGGCCGGGGGCCAGUUUCAACGGUCUUUUCUCUGGGAUGAUUUUAUCAUCAUGCACCUCACCCAAUUCCCACUUUACCUUGAAAAACACCCAUCCCAGGAGACUGAGCCAUUAGGUUACGAGGAAUACUUUUCAUUGCACCACACCCAUCCUGUCCACAAGAAGCGCUGCUUGACGUUCUCUGCCAUCGAGCUCGCUGCAUCCCCAGUUGAGAUAGCUUCUCAGAUGACCAGCGACCACCAGUCUCCCUCAGAACCACCGGCUACCCAGAACGAAAAUCCGGGGCAAUCUUUCACCGCAAGUCUAGUCAACCAGUUCUCAAACUUCCAUGCGCAUUCUUUCAACGACACUUCGCCAAGUAGGCUUCCCUCUAUGGAUAUCGGUGCUAGAUUUAUGGAACAACCCUCGCGUGAGCCGUCUGUUGAAAUCAAGUUGGAGCAUUCUGCAGAACCAUCUGAAUGGGUGGACACGCAGACCCUUCCGUUAAGCAGCUACGAGAACGCGGUGGACCACACGUGCGUGAAACACGAACCAGAUACCGAACAGCCCCAAUCACUAGGUUCGUGUAUCGCCAACACGCAAGAGACAAACGAUGUCAUCAUGGAAAACGCUAGGGAAAUACCACCUGGUGACGAAGAUGAGGAUGAGGAAGAAAUGGAUGACCACGAGGAGGAAGGGCAAGAAGACCACGAAGAGCAGAAAUCCGACGACGAUAAUGACGACGAAGAAGCCGAUGACGAUCCCCGUCACGAAACAGCCAGCGUCGAACUAGGUGAUGAAACAUACACUUCAACCCCAUCGGCAUAUACAAACGGGCAUGUCGACACCGUAGCCUCCGAAGCGGAGGAAAGCGACGAGGAAAACUGGUUCUUCGCACUCCGGCGUUCACGAAUUCCCGUGCCAGCCUGGUCCGACGAUCCAGACACACCUUUCAAGCGCUGGGCCGAGGCAGACCAGAAUAUCCUAAGUGAGCGACGACGACGCGGAGGAGCGAGAAUCCUCCUCGAUGCGAACGGGGUAGUUCGACGACCUAUUCAUCGUUGA